AUGGUCAACUUAGCCAUGGCGGUCGCCGUACCAUUGUACAUCUGGCCAACCAUCAACGCCUGGCAACCUCUCUACAAGACCAUCUCAGCCUCCCCAAACACCACCUUCAACAUCAUUAUAAACCCCAACUCAGGACCCUCAAACGGUGCCUCUGAGCCCGAAAUCGUCUCUGCAGUAACCACCCUCCGCUCCUACUCCAACGUUCAACUCUUUGGCUACGUACACAUCGAAUAUGGCAAGCGCGCCGCAAAAACCGUACACCAAGACAUCUCCACCUACUCCACUUGGAAGAAAACUUCAAAGUCAGACAUCCAUCUCGACGGCAUCUUCGUCGACGAAGCCNCCUACGAAACCGAAUAUCUGUCCUACAUGAAAGAUUUGCAAACCUACAUCCACAAGACAAUGCCCAAAUCGCACCAANAAGUCUGGACAAACCCCGGUAUCCCCAUCGAUGCCAAAUUCUACGAGUACGCGGAUUACGUCAAUGCGUAUGAGAACUCGUAUGCGGAUUGGAGUUCUGCCGGUGGCAACAAGAAGAUUCCCGAGUGCUUGAGGCAGAAGAGCACGGUCAUGAUUCACGAUUUCCCGAAGAACGCGAAUGCGAAGUUGAAUUCUGAUACCAAGAACAUUAUUGCGGCUGGAUAUAAUGGAACGUUCAUCACGACGAGUAGUGGAUACGAGGAGUUCUCGGCUAGUUGGUCGCAGUAUGUCAGGGACGUUGCGAAUCUGACAAAGACGACCAAGGUCAAGACUCUGCCAGCUUGCAAGAAGUAG